UAACCUGCGAUCAAGUCAUCGACAAAGUAGGGCUUUAAUUGUGUCGUUUUAGACAACGCUGUAUCAUAUUAUAAAACGUACUUUACGUACAUUUUGUUGAAUUAGCCAGGAGGUCAUUACUGGCCCUGGCUUGGAGUAGCCGGGGACCAGUCAAGGGUCCAGAAAACUAGCCAGUUAGCUACCACACAAGUUGACGCCUUUUUGCCACACGGUUCAUAGAGCAUAAACGCUACUCAUCAUGGCGGUAGUCAACGAAGCCUCACUUAAAAAGAUGCUAAAGCAAUACAAAUACAGGGACCUGACUGUUCGGGAGAUAACUAAUGUUGUCUCCCAGUAUAAGGACCUGAAACCAAUGAUGGACGCAUAUGUAUUUAAUGAUGGCUCUUCGAGAGAGUUAAUGAGUUUGACGGGCACAGUACCAGUCAGCUACAGAGGGAAUGUUUAUAAUAUUCCCGUGUGUCUUUGGCUCUUGGACACAUACCCCUACAAUCCUCCGAUUUGUUUUGUGAAGCCCACGAGUGCUAUGAUGAUCAAGACUGGAAAACACAUCGAUGCCAAUGGCAAGAUUUACCUGCCCUACCUACAUGAGUGGAAACAUCCUCAGUCUGACCUGUAUGGGCUGAUCCAGGUCAUGAUUGUGGUUUUUGGCGAGGAGCCCCCCGUGUUCUCUCGACCCACCACUCAACCCCCCUACCAGGCUUUCCAGGCAACUGGACCCCCCAACCAGUCCUACAUGCCUGGUAUGCCUGCAGUGUCUCCGUAUGGGCCAACUCCUAGUCCGGGAUACCCAGGCUACCCUUAUGCCGGUGGGAACACAUACCCGGCCACAGUUGGUCCUGCACACUACUCUUCCCAGACUCCCGUGACCACUGUGGGCCCAAGCCGCGAUGGCACGAUCGGCGAGGACACCAUCCGCGCAUCCCUCAUCUCGGCGGUCAGCGACAAGCUACGCUGGAGGAUGAAGGAGGAGAUGGACAGAGCGCAAGCCGAGCUGGAUGCUCUAAAGAGGACAGAGGAGGACCUGAAGAAAGGCCAUCAGAAACUGGAGGAGAUGGUGUCCAGGCUGGACCAAGAAGUGGCUGAGGUGGACAGGAACAUUGAACUCCUGAAGAAGAAGGAUGAGGAACUUAGCGAGGCCCUGGAGAAGAUGGAGAACCAGUCGGAAAACAACGACAUCGAUGACGUCAUCGUGCCCACAGCUCCCCUCUACAAGCAGAUCCUCAACCUGUACGCGGAGGAGAACGCCAUCGAGGAUACCAUCUUCUACCUUGGCGAGGCGCUGCGGCGAGGAGUCAUCGACCUGGAGGUCUUCCUCAAACACGUGCGUCUCCUGUCCCGCAAGCAGUUCCAGCUGCGCGCGCUCAUGCAGAAAGCCCGAAAGACCGCCGGCCUGAGUGACCUCUACUGAAACUAGUUUCACAGAUGUCUCUCUCUCGUUCUCUCUCCCAACUCUUCUUCUCUCUGUCUCAUAGAGAUACGUGGUCAUCUCGAGAGGGUUAUCCGGUUGAACUGCUCCUCCUUUAUACUGUCUCAGUUAUAGUCUUUUGCGUUUGAUAUGUUCUUUUUUCCCCCUUUUCUAACUUAAAGUAAAAAUAUUUACACAUCUACAGAUGUAGUGGAUUCUGCUUAGCCAAGACGUCAGGUUAUUUAAGUUAAUAUCAGAGUCAAAUGAAUAUUAAUUCAGGAAAAACGACUGAAGAGCACAGCUAGUUCACCCCCUUCAUGCUACAGUGGAGCAUCAAAUAAACAUUUCAUCUGCAUUGUGUAAUUUCACAGUUAUUCUAUCAUCUUGCUGAUAUGGACUUAUGACUUACUGAGCUCAUAGAUUGAAUGUUAUCAACCAGACGUUACAGCAGCAAAUUUUUAGCACACUCCAUAAAGAAGGGUUAUUUGUGGACGGAAACAAACUAUCAUAGUACAGACAGUAGCUAUAGUCAAGAUACUCUUCUGCGGCUGGUUUGGUUUUUCAACAACACUUUUUGCUUUUCUGGGCAGUUUAUUUGAAGGAUUAUAGUUGUUUUAUUUACUGUAUCCUGGUUCUAGUUGUCAUUACAGGUAACUUAUUCAUUUCUUUUGGUAUUUUGCAGCUCAUUUGACAAUUCUAAAAUAAUUUUGUUUGCAUUAAAUUCCAGGUUCGAUCCGCAAAUUUUGAAAGGGAGAAACGACUGUUCAUAUUUGAGGAUGUGUGUGUGUGUGUGUGUGUUUGUGUUUGGUGGGCAUGUCUGUUGAAGUGGGCAUGUCUGUGUCUUGAGUGGUGAACUUUUGGGCAAUUUUUAUAUUAAAACAUUUCAGUAAUAAAUUAACAAUGCAUAAAAGAUGCAAUAGGAAAAAUGCUUGGCAGAAUAUUAUUUCUUAGGAUCAUACAUUUCCUUUAGUGAUUUUAUUGCACUUUGAGUUGUAAAUUAGAUUUUACAUUUGGGCCCCCUUUUCUGAGCAGAGUUACUGUCUCAAUGUUCUCAUUGUAUUGUUUUGUUUAAAAUCCAUAGCAAUCUUACAAUGGUUAAUAAAUAACAGAAGCAAGACAAA